GCAGCCGUUCAAAGAUCAGGACAGAAGUUCAUUUGCCCCGUCCGAUUGUUCUCGCUCACAAACCCAGUCUUCUUAUAUAAAAUAGAGAUUGCCUCGUCCAAAGCCCUAGUGAAAUUAGGGUUUGCAAAAGCAUAGAGAAACCCGAGCUCAGAUCUCAAACCUGCAAACAUGGCGACUCAAAUGAGCAAGAAGAGAAAGUUCGUAGCUGAUGGAGUUUUCUUUGCUGAGCUGAACGAGGUUCUCACCAGAGAGCUGGCCGAGGAUGGCUACUCUGGUGUCGAGGUUAGGGUUACGCCAAUGCGCACUGAAAUCAUCAUCAGAGCCACUCGUACUCAGAACGUUCUUGGUGAGAAAGGGAGGAGAAUUAGAGAAUUGACGUCCGUUGUACAAAAGCGAUUCAAGUUUCCUGAGAACAGUGUGGAGUUGUAUGCCGAGAAAGUCAACAACAGAGGACUUUGUGCUGUUGCUCAGGCCGAAUCGCUACGGUACAAGCUCCUUGGAGGCCUUGCCGUUCGCAGGGCCUGCUAUGGUGUUUUGAGAUUCAUUAUGGAAAGUGGGGCAAAGGGAUGUGAGGUGAUUGUUAGUGGGAAAUUGAGGGCACAACGUGCCAAAUCCAUGAAGUUUAAGGAUGGGUACAUGAUAUCUUCUGGUCAGCCAGUCAAGGAAUAUAUUGACUCAGCUGUGAGACAUGUGCUUCUAAGACAGGUUUGCUUCACUCACCCAGUUGAUCUGUUCAUGCUUCUUUUUGUUAACAUCCUCAACCAUUGCGGUGGUUCAUACGGUUGCUUACCUUCAUUGCAAUUGUGUCCUGAUCAUGUUCUGGAUUGCUUGCCAUCAAACAGGGUGUACUUGGUAUCAAGGUCAAGAUCAUGCUUGAUUGGGAUCCCAAGGGAAAGCAAGGCCCCAAAACGCCUCUCCCUGAUCUUGUCACCAUCCACACUCCCAAGGAAGAAGAAGAAUACAUCAGGCCUGAAAAGUUGGCAACUGAUAUUGAGGUCCCAACGGCUUAAUCCCCCUGUGAUUACUACUGCCCUAAAAUUAGAUACCAGUGCCAUAUGUAAUCUGGAAUUUUUUAGCACAUUUAAAUUUUGACAAUGAGACUUGCUGAGUGUUUUAUAUCUUAAAACGUUUCUCAAAUUUUGUUUUAUUCCAGUGGGUUUCUGUUCAAGAGUCAA